GUGCCUGCAGUCCGUGGGCAUGUGUGCGCUCUUGCAGAACCUGGGAGUGUGUGCGCCCCUGCAGCCCGUGGCAGCUGCCCCUCCCCUCUGAGGAGGCCCUGGAGCUGGGCAAGGGGCGUGGGGUUAAAGUGAAAAUACCUUUUGGGAACAAAUACCUCGAUGCUGUCUUUUCUGUCCCAGAGAAGAAACCAACAUAUGGAGUGAUUCUUACUCAUGGAGCUGGAGGAGACAUGAAUUUCCCUCACUUAGUGUCCUUGGCAGCCUAUCUUGCAUCCCAUGGAGUUCUGUGCCUGCGGUUUACUUGUAAAGGCCUUAAUGUUGCCUACAGGACUAAGGCUUUCAAAGCAGUUCUGGAAUAUUUAAAACUUUCCGAUGAUUAUAAACUUUCUGGUGUUUUCCUUGCAGGCCGUUCCAUGGGCUCACGAGCUGCUGCCUCUGUGAUACGUCAGCUGAGCCAGGAUGAUGAUGAUGAUUUCAUUCAAGGACUCGUGUGUUUAUCUUACCCACUGCAUCGACCAAAACUGCAGUCCAAGCUCCGGGAUGAGGAUUUAUUACUGAUCAGCUGUCCAGUGCUGUUUGUCUCAGGAUCAGCAGAUGAGAUGUGUGAAAAACAAUUGCUAGAAGGUGUGGUGAGCAAAAUGAAAGCCCCUAAAAAAAUCCAUUGGAUUGAUAAAGCAAACCACGGGAUGGCAGUCAAAGGACGAACAAAAAAUGAUGUCAUGGAAGAAAUAAAUGCACAAGUUUUUUCUUGGCUUAGAGAGAAUGUUCAACUGCAGCACAAAUAAUUUACAGUGUUCAAGCAGCAUCUUCAUUUAGUUUUUUCUAAAUGUGGCAAAUGAAUGGCUUGUUAUUUCUAGAGGCAUAUUUUUUAAAACUGAUCUUUUCAGAGGUCUAAGUGCAAAUGCAAAUAAAGCUUUGUAUGAAU